GGCAUUUUGUGUUUGCGGCCCUGUUUGCCAUCGCUUCUCCUUUUUCCCCCCUUCCCAAGCCAACACGUGCUCUGAGCUGCACCUUUCCCGUUUUUUUCUUGCAGCUCUUCCUGGAGAAAUACGGCUACUUCAGCGAGCCGGGGGCCGGCGGGCACAGCGCCGCCGAGUUCACCGAGGCGCUGAGGGAUUUCCAGCGGGUGACCCACCUCCCGCUCAGCGGGGUGCUGGAUGCCCCCACCCUCCAUCAGAUGGCUCUGCCGAGGUGCGGCACCGACGACGGGGACAGCCGCACCACCGGGACACACCGGGCACCGCCCGCCCGGCGCCGCAGGCGCACGGCACAGCACGGUGGGCGGUGGUACAAGCGGCACCUGACGUACCGCGUGGUGAACUGGCCGUCCUACCUGCCCCAGCACGAGGUGCGCUUGGCCGUCAGAGCCGCCUUCGAGCUCUGGAGCAACGUGUCCUCCCUGCUCUUCUGGGAGGUGCAGGACGGCCCGGCCGACAUCCGCCUCACCUUCUUCCAYGGCGACCACAACGAUGGACUCAACAACGCCUUCGAUGGGCCAGGAGGUGCCCUGGCUCACGCCUUCUUCCCCCGGCGAGGAGAGGCKCACUUUGACAGCGCCGAGCGCUGGUCCCUGCACAGCGGCAAAGGGCGCAACCUGUUCAUCGUGGUGGCCCAYGAGGUGGGGCACACGCUGGGGCUGGAGCACUCGCCCGUCAAGAGCGCCCUGAUGUCUCCCUACUACAAGAAGCUCAGCAAGGAUUUUGUCCUCAGCUGGGAUGAUGUCCUGGCUGUUCAGAAUCUGUACGGGAAGCCCUCCAAGGGUUCAGCCGUCCAGCUCCCAGGAAAGSUCUUCACUCACUUCCAGGACUGGAAUGUGGAUCUUUACGGCAGGGACCGGCAGCAGAGGAGCCUCAGCACCUAUUACUGCCACUCCUUCUUCGAUGCCAUAACAGCUGAUGGGGAUCACAACCUCUACAUCUUCAAGGGCAGCCACUACUGGGUGGUGUCGGCGAGUGGCAAUGCCAGUGACCCUCGGCCACUGCAGCCGCGCUGGCCCGGGCUCCCCGCCGGCAUCGACGCCUGCACCUGGUCCCGGCUCAGCAGAAAGUUCUACUUCUUCAAAGGCGGCCGAUGCUGGCGCUACUCAGGCUCCGAGCUGGAAGCUGGAUUUCCCAAAAAAUGCAGCGCCCUCGGGCUCCCCCGGCACCCGGACACCGCGCUCUACUUCCAGCAGCUCCGGCGCCUGGUGCUCUUCAAAGGCCCCAAAUAUUUCGUGGUGGCCGAGGAGCCGCUGUCCGUGGAGCCCUACUACCCCCGCAGCCUGCGGGACUGGUCAGGGCUGCCCCCGGCCACGGCCGGAGCGCUCCCGCACCGCGACGGCUCCGUCUACUUCUUCCGCGAUGACCACUACUGGAAAUUCGACCAGGCGAAGCUGCAGGUGGUGGCCAGCGGCAAAUGGGCCACCGAGCUGGCGUGGAUGGGCUGCUGGGACGCCAACAGAGAGCARGCUCUCUUCUGAUGGGAUGGAACUGCGAGGGUUUGGAGCCCGCCUCGCAUCCUUCUUUAUCUGACUCUGGAAUGGUCCUGUUUGAGGAUGGUUUGGCUGCCCGUGGAUGGCUGGAGCCGCGGGAUGGUGGAGCAGCGACCCAGCAGAGCUCAGUGGGACAGGUCUGCCACAGCCAGGUGGGCUGGAGGCUUCGGGACAGUAUUUUUGAUUUUUUUUAAAUACCACCAAAAAAAAAAAAAAAAAAAAAAAAAAAAAAAAAAAAAGGUAUAAGCCAUGGAGACUGCAAACUCACUGAUUUCUGUUCACUUUCAGGAUAUUGCUACACGUUUUUUUGUUUUUUUUUUUCAAAACAGGACUGGGAUUUGGUGAUACUUUUUGGUAUCUUUGUUGAUAUUUGUGUAUUUCUGCCAUUUUCCCAGGAUCAGGUGUGGAAGUGUCUCACCACUUCUUGCUUUAGGGUUUUGGACGGUUUUAAAUAAGAAACUGAGAACGUUUCCUGCUUAAAACAAAAAAGACAAAGAGACAUUUGGACAAACUUUGGGUCCAUGUGGAGCCACGUGCAGAGCCCUGGGGAUGCUUUGCUGGGCUGUGCUCACAUCCCGGGGCUCUGUUCAGCAACAGCUGGAAACGUCACCCAGAUUUUGGGGCUGAAAGCAGAGGGAUUUGGGGUGGGAUCCUCUUUGGGGUGCAGGGAGAGGGGAGGCAGAGCUGAGGUGCUGGCAGGCAGCAGGAGCACUGGAUUUGGGAUGGGUUUGGGGUGCCUGGGUGUGUUCUCUGCUGUCUGAUUAGGGUUGUGCUCCCCUGGCUGCCCUCCUUGCGUGCAGAGGAAACGUCUGCGCUCUGCUGCCCCUACAAGAGAUGGGAUCAGCGUAUCUGUGAGCCCCACCUGCAUGAAAGGGGGUGACAAACGGCUGGGGAGGGAGGAGAACAGGACAGGAGGGUGAGCAGGACAGAGGGACAUGUCCGUGCAUGCAGGGACAGCGUGGCUGCAAUUCCUCAUUCCUUUCCCAAGGCACACUCCCCACCUGGAAACGCCGCUGGCUCCUGGGCACGGUCACCGUGUGCCAGGGYUGGGGAUGGACCUCAGGCUCCCAGGGCUGGAAUUCUGUGCCGUUGGUGCUGAUCAAGACAAGGCUCAGCUUUAUUCGAUGGUUUAUUUAAACCAUUUUUUAAACGGUUCUCGCAGGGCUCAGAUCCCAGGUCCUGCUGUGCCAUGUCAGGGUGCUGUGCCACCUCUGGGUGCCCUCCUGAUGCCAGCAACUUCCAAGGCUCCUCUCUCACUCACCUUUGCCCAUCUUAGACCUUCCCUGCAGGCAGGGCUGUUGCUUUUGGUGCUGCCAGGUGCCAGCAGAGCUGUGGGUCUGGCAUGAUGGAGCCCCACCAUCCUUCCCACUCUGCAAUAUUUGUGAGUGAGCCCUUCACGUGCAGAGACACAGACACAGGGUCUUCAUCAGCUCAAAACCUCAGGGGACUUUCCACGUUGCCAAAGAAAUGGGGCCGCAGCGUUUUCAUCGGGAUCGAGUGGUAAUAAGGUCGCCUGCAGGGAGUCCCGAGGGCUUGGAGACCUGACAGCAAAUAAAACCAGCCUCUGGAUAUGUGGUGUUGGGAUCUGGGCUUGUU